GCGGUGGACGGCAAAGGGGGCGUGGUCGGAUCAAAAUUCGUCAUUAAUCAUUGAUCAUCACCAGCUGUGAGGGAAGAGCAAAAAUGGCUGGCGCUCUCACUCGCUGGGGCAGCCUUCCAAAAGGCCAAAUUGGUUUCGUGUCUGCCAUUUGUAACACAACACAGUUCCGAUCGAAUAUCACUGCUCCUGCUGGCAAGAGCAAGUAUGGCCCUCUCGCUGACCAGGACAGAAUCUUUACCAACUUGUAUGGUCGCCACGACUGGCGUUUGAAAGGUGCUUUGAAAAGAGGCGACUGGUACAAGACCAAGGAAAUCUUGGUGAAGGGUCCCGAUUGGAUUUUGAAUGAAGUCAAAACCUCUGGUCUUCGUGGUCGCGGAGGCGCUGGUUUCCCCACUGGCAUGAAAUGGGGCUUCAUGAACAAGCCUUCGGACGGCAGGCCAAAAUACUUGGUGGUCAAUGCUGAUGAGGGAGAGCCUGGCACCUGCAAGGAUCGUGAAAUCAUGAGGCACGACCCUCACAAGCUGGUUGAGGGUUGCUUGGUCGCUGGCCGAGCCAUGGGCGCCAGGGCUGCUUAUAUUUACAUUAGAGGCGAGUUCUACAAUGAGGCGUCCAACAUGCAAGUUGCAAUUAGUGAGGCCUACCAAGCAGGGCUCAUUGGUAAAAAUGCCUGCGGAUCUGGUUUCGACUUUGACGUUUUCAUGCACCGUGGUGCUGGAGCUUACAUCUGUGGCGAAGAAACGGCCCUGAUUGAAAGUCUCGAAGGCAAGCAAGGAAAGCCCAGGCUGAAGCCUCCAUUCCCUGCUGAUGUCGGCGUCUUCGGCUGCCCCACAACAGUUGCAAACGUUGAGACGGUUGCUGUUUCUCCUUCCAUUUGUCGAAGAGGUGGCACCUGGUUUGCAUCCUUUGGCCGCCAACGUAACUCCGGAACCAAGUUGUUCAACAUCUCUGGCCACAUCAACACACCUUGCACCGUCGAGGAGGAAAUGUCCAUCCCUCUGAAAGAAUUGAUUGAGAUUCAUGGCGGUGGCGUUGUCGGUGGCUGGGACAAUUUGUUGGCCAUCAUCCCUGGCGGUUCUUCAACUCCCCUCAUCCCCAAAAAUGUCUGUGAGGAAGUUUUAAUGGACUUUGAUGGAUUGGUAGCAGCGCAGACUGGCCUGGGAACGGCAGCCAUCAUUGUGAUGAACAAGCAAACCGACAUUGUGAAAGCCAUUGCUCGGCUCAUUGAAUUUUACAAACACGAGUCGUGCGGUCAGUGCACACCUUGCAGGGAGGGUGUCAAUUGGAUGAAUCAAGUCAUCCACAGAUUCGUUACUGGAGAUGCUCAGCCCGAAGAGAUUGACAUGCUUUGGGAAAUAAGCAAGCAGAUCGAAGGCCACACAAUUUGCGCCCUGGGUGAUGGUGCAGCAUGGCCUGUUCAGGGUUUGAUUCGUCACUUCAGACCCGAGUUGGAAAACAGAAUGAAGAGAUUUGCUGAUAAGAAAGCUGCAAACUAAUAGUUUUCUUACUCUAUUAAGGUCUCUAUGUGUUUAGAUUCAAUGAAAUGUAAAUAGAAAAUCCUGUUGACACUCUAUCUCCUACUUUUUGAUUCAAGAAGUACCUUUUUGUUAAAAGUUAUUUGCCGCAUUUCUAAAAAGAAUCGAUUUCCGGUGAAAUAAUAAAUUUAUUUAUGACCUAGACGUAUAAAAUAAAAUACACGGUAUUAGAGAAUCA